AUGACCAUCCUGAACUCCCUUCUCUAUGCCACCAACUACAAGAAUCCGUUCCUCAGAACACUCGUCCCCUCUAUAGCAACUGCUUUUGCGAUCCAAGCCGGAGUAGCUGUCCCAUCCAUCCUCACUCAAUCCGAGCGAUUCUAUGAUCUCUCCGGUUCCCUCACCUACCUCUCGGUAACAGCCCUCUCCCUCUACCUCCCCACCCUCCGCGCCAGAGCAGCGGCUCCCCUCGGGGCCCUCAAGCCCGCGUUUCCCUCUCUCCUCGCCGCCUUCACGGGCACCGGCGGCCCCAAUGGCCUAAAUUGGCGACAGGUGGUCCUCUCGACAGCCGUCUCCAUCUGGGCGACUCGUCUCGGAAGCUACCUCUUCCAGCGCGUAAUUGCUGAUGGGCACGACUCUCGCUUCGACGAGAUCAAGAAGAGCCCGCCCAAGUUCUUCGGAGCCUGGAUGGCGCAAGCCACUUGGGUCUCACUGUGUAUCAUGCCUAUCCUGGCCGUCAAUUCCAUCCCACAUACCCUCCUCUCCACGCUCCCACUGUUGAAAGUAACCGAUGUCUUGGGCUUUGGGCUUUUCAUUGGGGGAUUUGCGUUCGAGGUCGCGGCUGAUCGACAGAAGAAUGCGUGGGUGCAGGCCAAGAAGAAGAAAGAGCAUGAGGAGGAGUUCUUGACGAGCGGGCUUUGGGGGAAAAGUCGGCAUCCGAAUUACUUUGGAGAGAGCACGCUUUGGACAGGUCUAGCCAUCGCCUCAGCUGGCGUGCUCACCUCCGCCGUUGGGCUGCGCGGCAUGCACCUCUCCGGCACGUCGGGCCGCCUUAUCGGUGCCGGCUUGUGCUUCGUAUCCCCGGCCUUCGUCACGUUCCUACUGCUGAAGGUCAGCGGUGUCCCGCUCAGCGAGAAGAAGUACGACAAGAAGUACGGAGACCGCAAGGAGUACCGGGAGUGGAAGGAGAACACGCCGAUGUUCAUCCCAAAGCUAUGA